AGACACCUUCGUGCCUUCAGCAUUAAUUCUUACUGCAUGAAUGGGAGUAAUUCUGCCGCGGAUUUUACUGGGACAGUAUGGCAACUGUCAGUAUUUCCUCCCAAACACACCUUGUAGCCAAUGAGUGAGUGAGUGAGUGAGUGAGCGGGGGACUGAGAAGUGUUGGUAUCGGAGGGUUUGAGGCAUUGGACUGUAAACCCAGUGCCCUGGAUUGAGACUGAAGCAGCGUGUGCCUUCAUCAAUGGGAUCCCUCCUCUUCGGUCUCAUUUCACUGCUAACAGUGCAGCUCACAGUCACCGAGGGACAUGUGGUGCGGACAAGAAGCGUCAUCGAGCUGGUCGGGAUGCUGCGCUGCAGCACAGGACGAUCCAUUUCGUAUCUAACGUACGGUUGUUACUGUGGGAUUGGAGGAAGAGGCUGGCCCCGAGACAAGACCGACUGGUGUUGCUACACCCAUGAUUGCUGUUACGGGAAGGCAGAGGACAUUGGCUGCCAUCCCAAGACAGACUCUUACAGCUGGUCCUGCAGAUAUUUCACUCCCAGAUGUGGCAACAUCUAUGACGAGUGUGAGAAAAUGAUCUGCGACUGUGAUGUGCAGUUAUCAAAGUGUUUGAAAAAGGCCGUGUACCAGAGGAAGUACUCAUUCUGGCCCAAUUUCCUCUGUGGCCGGUACAGGCCCUCGUGUAGUAAUUUCUAAUUUACAUUCCCGAUACUGGGCAAUACAGUAACAAUAAUAAUCCUUGCAUUUGACCAAGCACCUUAUCACGUCUUCGAGAUGUCUCAAAGCGCUUCACAGAAUAUACUGUAAAGUGAAUUGACUGUGUAUCUUGUGAACGAAACCCGGCAGCCAAUUGCGCACAGCAGCGUCCCCACAAACAGCUGUGGAUUGAAGUGACCAAAUUUUUAAUUUUUUUAUUUU